CCUAGCUAGCUACCUAUAUCCCUAUUUUAUUUCAUAUAUUCUCUUAAAGUUAUUACUUUUAACGGAUUGAAAUGUUAGUAAUUGUUAGCAGUUAAAUUUUUUCAAAUUAGUAAUUAAACGUCGAUACUCGAGGUUUAAUCCAGGAACUCCAGAGAGACAAAGUCUUCCCUAUAGCUAGGUCACUGGUACACUAAAUCUGCUUAUUAAAAAACUUUUCUAUAUUUUAGCAACAAAAACCCCGUACAAACCGAAUCUCAUAAUUCUCCUUCACCGUGAUCACAUUUUUGGGCCAAGUCAUGUGUACUAAACUACUACUUCUAGCCGCUAUAUGUCGUUUACUAGUAAUCGUUGGAGUAUCCACCGGUCCAAAACUCCAAACACACGUUGAGCUAACCUUUAACCAUACAGACAUCCUGUCAGUCUCACAAGAUUUUGGAAACAUGAUUAGUAUCCUACCCGCCGCAGUUUUCCAUCCUUCUUCCACAUUAGAGGUUUCAAAACUAAUAAAACUCGCGUACGAAUCACAACAAGGGUUUACGGUGUCAGCUAGAGGCCAUGGUCAUUCGAUAAACGGUCAAGCUCAAGUAGACAAUGGAAUUGUGGUCCAAAUGAGCGGAUCACAUGGGAAGUUACCGGUUCCGGUUGUUAAUGAGGAAUUAAUGUAUGUAGAUGUGUGGGGUGGUGAGCUUUGGAUUGAUGUGUUGAAAUGGACGUUAAAAUAUGGACUUGCACCGAAAUCAUGGACGGAUUAUUUGUAUCUAUCUGUUGGUGGGACAAUCUCUAAUGCCGGAAUUAGUGGCCAAGCUUUCAAUCAUGGACCUCAAAUUAGUAACGUUCAUGAAAUCGACGUUGUCACGGGAAAAGGGGAGAUACUAACAUGUGACGAAGAUAAAAAUUCGGAGUUAUUUCAUGCGGUCAUGGGUGGAUUAGGACAAUUUGGUAUCGUUACAAGGGCUAGAAUAGCGUUGGAACAUUCCCCUCAUAGGGUGAGAUGGAUCCGGGUUUUGUACUCGAACUUCUCGGGUUUUAUCCAUGAUCAAGAAUACCUCAUAUCUCUACAUGGUCAACCAAACUCCAAAAAGUUUGAUUAUGUUGAAGGUUUUGUUAUUGUAGACGAAGGAUUAACUAAUAAUUGGAGGUCAUCCUUCUUUUCCCCUAAUAACCCUAUCAAAAUCUCCUCGGUUGCUUCGGGUGGCAAUGUCUUAUACUGUCUCGAAAUCGCCAAGAACUACUACCAUCAUUCCGAUCUCGAAUCCAUCAAUAAGGAAGUGGAAGCUUUGUUAAAGAAACUUAACUAUAUAGAAGCAACGGAAUUUACUACUGACCUUCCAUAUAUGGACUUCCUGAACCGGGUUCACAAAGCUGAAUUAAAACUCCGGUCCAAGGGUUUAUGGCAUGUACCACAUCCGUGGCUUAACUUAUUUGUUCCAAAGUCAAGAAUUGAGGACUUUAACAAAGGUGUGUUCAAGGGCAUUUUGGGUAACAACACUAGUGGUCCAAUUCUUAUCUACCCCAUGAACAAAAACAAGUGGGAUGACGAGACUUCAGUUGUGACACCAGAUGAAGAUGUGUUUUAUUUGGUGGCGUUUCUUAGAUCAGCAUUGCACAAUGGUGAAAAUGUAGCAACGCUAGAGCGUUUGAAAGAUGAAAACCGACAAGUUUUGAACUUUUGUCAAGAACAAAAUAUUGGUGUCAAACAAUAUUUGCCACAUUACACCACCCAACAAGAAUGGAUGGAUCACUUUGGAGAAAAAUGGCACCAAUUUUACAAGAGGAAAAUGGAGUUUGAUCCAAAACAUAUAUUAGCCACCGGUCAAAGGAUAUUUGAGCCUAGUUUCAAUUCUAUGAUUAGAUCGUGGUAGUGAUAGGAUAUGGAUUGAAUUAUAGGGAAACUAUAUUUGUAUAGGUCAUAAGAUAUAUAUAGUGACCUAUGCGAGGUUGCAUUGUACAUAUAUAAGGACAAAUAGUAACAUAUAUCAUAGAUCAAAACUAACCAUUUUCUUUUUUCUUUUUAUAUUCAUUGGUAUAAUGCUUUGCCAUAUCUUUUUAGAUAUGGAUCAUAUUGAA